UACAAGUUACAUGUCUUACCUGAAUUAUUAGAAGAAGAAAAAAAGAUACAUGUUUUAACCAACUUGCUCCAUUCUGUCACCCAAACCCACAGAAAGAGCAGAACCAUCUCCAGAGACUAAGAAAUUUAAGAUGUUUAGCGUUAAGGAAUUAGUGGAAUCGAAUUGUCUGAGGUCUGUUCCCUUGAACUAUGUUUGCCUUGAAAACCCCCAAGAUUCCUCAUUGUAUUGUGAAAACGAGAAUGUUCCCACCAUUGAUUUUUCUCAACUCACCUCUUCCAAUCUCAGUGAACGCUCCAAGGCAAUCCAACAACUAGGCGAUGCUUGCCGAGAUUGGGGUUUCUUUAUGCUAAUAAAUCACGGUGUAUCGGAGACACUAAGGGAUGAGGUACUUAGGGCAAGCCAGAAGUUUUUUGAUCUUACUGAGGAAGAAAAAAAGGAGUACGCAGGAGGGAAGUUAUUUGAUCCAAUCAAAUAUGGGACAAGCUUCAAUGUCAUGGUUGACAAGACGCAUUUCUGGAGAGAUUAUCUCAAAUGUUAUGUUCAUCCUCACUUUAAUGCUCCUUCCAAGCCUCCUGGUUUAAGCGAAACUUUAGAGGAAUACUCCACAAAGGGCAGGGAAGUGAUUGAAGAGUUGCUAAAAGGAAUAUCUCUAAGCUUAUGCCUUGAAGAAAAUUACAUACACAGAAGGAUGAAACUAGACUUAGGUUCGCAGUUGUUGGUUAUCAACUGUUACCCUCCUUGUCCAAAGCCUGAACUUGUCAUGGGCCUUCCAGCCCACACAGACCAUGGGCUUCUGACCCUCCUUAUGCAAAACGACCUUGCAGGGCUUCACAUUCAACAUAACGGCAAGUGGAUUCCUAUCCACCCUUUACCCAACUCCUUUCUCAUCAACACUGGGGAUCACAUGGAGAUUCUGACGAACGGCAAGUACAAGAGUGUGGUUCAUCGUGCUGUAACGAAUACGAAAGGCACUAGAAUUUCCGUUGGUACAGCACACGGGCCCUGCCUUGAUACCGAUGUGGGGCCUGCACCGGAGAUGGUUAGCGAUGAUAAUCCCGCUGCAUACCGUGCCAUUAAAUACAGAGAUUACAUGCAGCUUCAGCAAAACCAUCAACUCGACGGAAAAUCCUGCUUGGAUCGUAUUCGGACUUGAAUCAAAACUCCUUCCUUUGGGAACAAUAUAUCCAUCAUCUUCCUUUAUCUCAAUCUUAUCCUUAAAUUUCAUUAUAUACUUUUAUGUGCUU